GGUUGCACAUGCAGGCUCAGUCAGUUAUCAGACUCGCCUUUGCUACCUUUCUACUUACUGGAAUUUUUCCAGAAUGGGGCCUUUUGGCGUCGCCAAAAACGAGCUCCUCAAUCCAAAGGCAUUGACAGAGUGCAUUCUCAGGCUAACUUGAAUGUUCCUGUGCCGACCCGCACUCCUACCCCCGGGCCUAGUCAAGCUCUGAUCGAGGUUUUUCAGCGUGCCCAAGCAGUGAUGAAGGAAAUGCAAGAUUUAUUCGCCAAUCCGUAUCAUCUAAGCAUUGCAGUCGUGGCAUCCCCAGAGAUUGCGACAAUACUUGCCAAAGAUCAUGACAUUUCGAAAGACGAUGUAAUCAGAUCAUUGAAAGAUUUAAAAGGUUCGAAGGUCACUACGAAGGAUGACGAUGGCUUUAAGUACCUUACUCGGUACGCAACUGAUAUGUUGGCAUUGGCGCGCGACAGCAAAUAUGAUGACACUAUCGGGAGGGACGAGGAGAUUCGUCGUACUAUCCAGAUCCUGUGCCGUCGAACCAAGAAUUCCGUUGUUCUGUUAGGUGAACCAGGAGUUGGAAAGACAGCGGUCGCUGAGGGUCUCGCCCAUAGAAUGGCUGCAAAUCAGGUCCCACAAAAUCUGAAGGGCACACUUUACAACCUAGACUUGGGCGCGCUUUUUGCGGGAGCAGGAAAGGGUGAAUAUGAGGAGCGUGUCAAAGGUGUCAUAGAUGACGUGAAACGCAGUCAAGAAAGCCAGUCCCCAGCUAUUUUAUUUAUCGACGAGCUCCACCUUAUAUCUGUUGGAAAGGGACAGGGCGGCCAAGCUGGGAUGGAUGCAGCAAAUCUACUGAAGCCUGAGCUUGCGCGUGGUCAAUUUCGGUGUAUAGGAGCCACGACGCUAGCAGAAUAUCGGGAGCAUAUCGAGAAAGAUGGCGCGCUUACACGCCGGUUUGCUCAGGUUAUAGUUAACGAGCCAACAAUAGAUCAAGCCAAAACUAUUCUACGUGGCUCUCGGGAGCGGUACGAGAAUCACCACCGCGUUUGGAUCAUGGAUCAAGCGAUAGUUACUGCAGUCGAACUCGCUCACAGGUAUCUCACUGCAAGGAGAUUACCCGACUCGGCAUUUGACCUCAUGGACGAAGCAUGUGCUUCUGCAAGAGUACAGCAAGAUUUAAAGCCAGAGACCAUAGAGGAACUUGAACAAGGCAUGGUCCAGCAGGAGCAUUACAUUCGGUCCCUCGAGCGCGAUAAUCAUCCUGAUGACGACAGUGCGCUGAAUGAGGCCAAACAAGCUAUGCUGAAACUCAAAGCGAAGUUGAGAUUUCUGGAACGUGAACAGAGUGCAGUGACAGAAUGGUGGGAAUUGAUCGCGAAGUAUCGUGACGGCAUUCAAAAGAAGAGGCUGGAGUUGAACACAGCGAGAAGCCAACCUUCGAUAGAUUCGAAGAAGAUUGCCCGGCUGGAAGAUGAAAUGAAACGACUACGAGAUAGCCUUGUUCGAACGGAGCAGAAAGGUCCGGUCCAAAAAGGUUCGGGAGACCAAAGAGAUUCCGAAAUUAUGGACCAUCAAUUUGUGUCCCUCUUGGCCAAAAACCGGCGCACUGUCUCAUCUCCGAACAUCAUCACGCCAGAAAGCAUAGCUGUUAUUGUAGAGAAGGCAACGAAAAUCCCAGUGCGACAGUUACUGGACACGGAUAAAGAGCGUCUCCUGCAUCUUCAAAGUACCCUGGAGAAAACGGUCAUCGGGCAACCGGAAGCCAUCAAUGCCGUAGUGAACGCUAUCCAGCUGUCUCGCACUGGACUGGGCAACGCCAACCGACCAAAUGCCUGCCUGCUCUUUACCGGACCAUCUGGUACUGGGAAGACAUUACUGUCGAAGGCUCUCGCAGAGGAACUGUUUGGACAGUCUACGGCAAUGAUCCGCAUUGAUGGCAGCGAAUAUUCUCAAAGUCACUCUGUUUCGCGACUGAUUGGUGCCCCUCCAGGAUAUGUGGGCUAUGAUCAAGGCGGACAGCUUACAGAGUAUGUUCGACGGACGCCGUAUUGCAUUAUCUUGCUAGAUGAGAUCGAGAAAACUUGCACAGAGUUCUUGACAUUGUUUUUGCAAGUCAUGGACGAUGGACGCUUAACGGAUGGACAGGGACGGCUGGUGGAUUUCCGUAAUACAGCAAUUAUCAUGACAUCCAACGUUGGUGCGGACAUUUUGAGCAAGGAAAGUGGGACGAUAUCCGAUCACAUUAGGCAAGCUGUCAUGCAACGUUUCAAAGAGGCCAGAUUUUCCCCCGAAUUCCUCAACCGAGUCGAUGAAGUUGUUAUGUUUAGGACCAUGUCGGCUGAUAUGAUGAAAAAAGUUUUGGAUAAACAUUUGGAAGACUUACAACAGCGGGAUGGCCUCAAGAAAAUGAAGCUAGACCUCGAUCAUGCUGCAAAGCAAUGGCUCAUUAAUCGGGGCAUUUCAAGGGAAUACGGUGCCCGUCUGCUCACGAGAGUCAUCCAAGGAGAAUUGCUCAACCCACUUGCACGUGCCAUCCUGCAGAAAAGCGUACGUAAUGACGAAAUUGUGCUGGUUCGUGUCAAGGACGAUGGGGUUGGCUUGGAUAUUCGCUCCAGCCGGAGAUCCUAGUCGGCGUAGUUUGUAUAUGUGCCUAGACCCACUUUUGCUUUAUGUUCAUGCAACCCACGGAGCAGCGCCGGUGGAUAAAGUACUUGUAUCUUUCUCAGCGAAUCAAAUUGUGAUCAUAUGCGAGCUGGGGCACCAAAAUUGAUAUUAUUGUCACCAUAUUACCUACCCCACUACGAAAUACUGCAGCCUCUUGAAUUCAACCGCUCGAAU